AUGCGCAGCUUCUUCGCCAUCUUCCUCACUCUGCUCGUCUCUGUCGUCGUCAUCUCCACGGCUAAUCCUCUGCUUUAUCGUGCUCCACAGAUGUACGACGAUAUGCAGUUCGUGAAGAGGAGUAAUGCGGAGUUGAUAAAUGGCCUUAUCGGAAUGGACCUCGGCAAACUGUCGGCAGUCGGCAAACGAUCAAACGCGGAGCUGAUCAACGGGCUGCUCGGGAUGAACCUGAACAAACUGAGCUCGGCUGGUCGACGAUGA